AUGAGAAACAUCAAGCUAGAUCUCGUUCUGGGCUGGGCAUCCGGGGAGCCAGCGCACGAUUCCCAGUUUUUCGGUUUCGUUGGCGUCCAACGGUCCACCCGCGUUUCGCGGGACUGGCUCUGGUUCCGGGUGAGCUGCGCCGUGAACCCUGGUCCAACCCCUCCAUACUUCCGGGCCGCCAAAGCGUGUGCCCAAUGCUAUUUGCCCGCGAGGAGUCGAUCGUUUUCUCCCCGAAAGGUGAAUGAUAGUGCUCCCGGUGGAUACAAGGGCAAGGUAUUAUUUAUCAUGAACGAUCGAGGCUGGCUAGCGGCGGUGAUCGCUGAACUUUACCGGUGGGCUUUUGAUGUUCCCUCACGCGGGAUCUCGAGUAUCUCUCUGUAUUUCUUUACCGAUACAGCCCCUGAGACUAGCCUGGAUACGGCGAAUGGGGAGGAAAAAAAUUACCCAACGGCCAACGUCCUCGAGGCCGCUCGGAGGAAUGAGCGGGUCCCGGUUCGUGUACAACAUCAAGCUGCGAAAGUUUGUCUCCAUCCAGCUCGAAAGCUACCCGUCCUGCCACUCACCCUUCAGCCCUCCGUUAUUGCGAUGAACCGCUCCCAGAUUGUACUGGCACAAAAUUUCCUGCUCACUCAGUCGACAUCAGCUAGAAACGGCUUAUGGUUUGAUGCAACAGACAUAGAAUUUGACUGUGCACAACACGCAGGGGUGUUCUUUUCUCACCUUGCCCCAUGACGCUCUUCCCGUUCGCCUCCUGAAUGAAUCCUUUCGUUGGUUCGCUUCUUUGGCACUAGCCCCCCGAGACUUGAACUUCUAAAAAUACUGCCAUUCGCGCUUUCAAUCUUGAAUUGAGCUCCCGCUGUAUUUGAAUAUACACACCUAAUUUUUCCUUUUUUUUUUUUUCUAUACUUCGCACGAUUUUCGGCGUUCAACAAGAGUUUUGUGUCUCCAUCACUGGCCAUCUGCGCUGAUCAGUAGCUAGAAAGGGUGCCGGUUGAGUUUGUGCCAUGUUGCCUUGAGCAUCCGGCACGUGUAUUCGAUGUUAUAAGUGGUACAAUAUCACGGGCGAUGUACUGAUCUUCAUCUCGAUGCAACAUGGCUACCAACUGGGAAAGCGAACGGGAUUACUUCUCGCAGGACCCUUCCAGCCCAUCCGAUUCUUUCUAUAAAACUCCUCCCGCCUCGAUCUCCCGGCAUUCGUUGCAUCGCAGAGAUUCCUCUCCCGGCCCAU